AUGAACAGGACAUUAUCGGGCCUGCGGUGUCGCAAUUUGCAGCCGAGGCUAUUAAGGACUCACCCAGCUUUGACUCGUAGCUUCGCAGACGCCAAGCGACCACCAUCAGCGCCAAAGCCUAUUGUCGAUAUCAAGCACAUUCGUCAACAUGCAGACCUUUAUCAGCAGACUUGCGUAGAGCGCAAUUAUCGCAAGCAGGCGCAGAACCCAGCUAAGAUUCUAGAAUUGCAUGCAAGAUGGCAGGAUCUUCAGCGACAAGGCCGCGCACUGCGUGAGCGAUCGAAUUUAUUGAGGCGACAACUUGCGAACCCGGCUACUAGCAGCGGCGAUGAGGAUCUUAAAGAAGUGCGACAAUUGACCCGCGAGCAAAUCCAGGAUGAGGCUCGACAACUGAAGCAGAACCUUUCUUCAAUUGAGAAGGGAGAAUCCGAGGCAGUUACACGGAUGGAAGAGCUUGCGCUGGAACUACCCAACCUCACUCAUCCCGAUACUCCCAAGGGAAGUGAGUUUGAGGUGAUGAGCUAUAUCAACGAUCCACCCACUUUCAAAGAAUCUCCUGAAGACAAGAUUUGGCGCUCUCACGUUCACAUUGGAACUGAGCUUGGACUCUUCGACUUUGCUGGCGCUGCUACUGCUUCAGGAUGGGGCUGGUAUUAUCUUCUUGGUGAAGCUGCUCAACUUGAGCAAGCUUUGAUUCAAUUUGCUCUUGCGACAGCGACCCGUCAUGGUUGGACACAAGUAUCGCCUCCCAGCAUGGUAUACAGCCACAUCGGUGCGGCGUGCGGAUUCCAGCCUCGUGAUCUGAACGGCGAACAACAGGUCUACACAAUCGCUCAAUCCGCUGACGAUGCUGAGCGUGGUGUCCCUGAAAUGUGUCUUACUGGAACCUCCGAAAUCGCCCUUGCGGGAAUGAAGGCCAACACUACCAUCGACUCCGAGGAUCUUCCCCUUAAGCGCGUUGCUGUCUCCCGCUGCUAUCGUGCUGAAGCUGGUGCCCGUGGCGCAGAUACCAAGGGCUUGUACCGUGUACAUGAGUUUACCAAGGUCGAGAUGUUUGCUUGGACAGCACCAGAUGAGGACGCGGCUCAGGAUAUCUUUGAUGAGAUGCUCGACAUGCAGACCGAGAUUCUUCUCUCGCUUGGCCUUCACUGCCGUAUUCUUUCAAUGCCAUCCCAUGAUCUAGGCGCCUCAGCAACCCGCAAGGUCGACAUGGAGGCCUUCUUCCCCAGCCGUCGCGACAACUGGGGCGAAGUCACAUCAGCCAGCAUGUGCACCGACUACCAAACCCGCCGUCUCGGCACAAGGACCCGCGUUGAUGGAAAGCUUGCCUUCCCUUGGACCGCCAACGGUACUGCUCUGGCUGUUCCCCGCGUGAUAGCAGCUCUGUUGGAGAAUGGAUGGGAUGAGGAGGCCAAGACUGUCGCCGUACCAGAGUGCCUACGACCUUGGAUGGACGGUAAGGAGAAGAUCGGUCUCGGUGGACGCCGCUCGAGCGUGGACCGUGUGUAG